CUUCUUCUUCUUCUUCUCCUUCUUCUUCUUCUUCUUCUUCUUCUUCUUCUUCUUUCAUCCCUCCCUUCUUUCCACCACAACCCACACUUCCACCACACUCCCUCCAUCCCUCCUCACCCUCUCCCCUUCGACCACAUCCCAUCAAAUCCCCUGCUUCCGUAACUACCUCCAAAGUCCCAGCCCGGAUAGACAACUCGGCCCUUUUCCCUCCUCGUGGCCUGACAAGCUAUACACCCACUUUUCUCAUAGCCUUGUAGGCAAUGACCUUUCUUUUCACGGCCUGCAACAAUUCUUCUCCUGUUCGGAAUGCGUUGUUAACAUAUGCUUUCUCUUCCUCUUAUUUCCACUUACUGUCUUCACUUGCUGAAUAACAGCAAGUGCUGGCAUGGUUACUUGUUCCUGGCAACUGGCACGCACACAUUCAAUGGCCAAUUCGACAAACCACACUGAACCUGUCCUGGAGGCGGAGGAUCCUUCUCGAUCAGCACAACAACAAACGUCCAAUAUUACCCCUCGAGUUCCUGUUAGCACCGACGCUAGCAUCGGCCAACAAAGUCAUAUACCUGCACUUCAGGACCAGUCUUCCGCAAUGCAGACAACCUACUUGUUCGUUGAUAAAAACCUCAGCCCCCGUGCACGGAGGUCGCACGUCAUGCGCCAGCAUAAUCAAAAAAGAUAUCUCCAGCGAAUGACUACCCAGCCUUAUAAUCAUAAUCACUCAGCCAGACCUCCUGUACCAACACCAACCUCACCUCGCGCAGAUGAUUCUUGGUCUCCUCCGUCGCCCGCUACGAUUCUAGACUCGUCGAGGAAAGAUCCUUUUGACAGUUUGCCAGCUGUCACCUCUGUAGCCGACCAAGAGCUGGCUGAUGCAUGGGUGAGCAAGUUAAGUUAUUGGUCAGGACAGAACCAGUACAUCAAGCGCCAAAUCUAUAAAGCAGCCAUAGCCCAUCCGGUGUGUUUCCAAGCGGUCAUUCUUGCUUAUUGCGCUCGCUGGCGGGCCCGACUGAAUGGUCUCGAAUCCAGCCCUGAAGCCGAACAUCAUUUAAUCAGGGCCUCCGCAAUGAUCCAAAAGGCAAGAGAGGAACAGAGCGAUGAUUUUCUUGCCAUGGCCCUUGCCGGAAUGUCUCUCCAUGAGAAUCGCUUCGGUGAUAAUGAGUCCGCUGCUAUAGAGUACGAAGACCAGGCACUUGGACUUCUGCGCAUGGGCCCUUGGCAGGAUUCUAUGAGCAUUGCUGAAGUGUUCCUGCAUUAUGUGCAGUAUUUGAAGAUGCCCCGAGAAUUCUCGUUGGGCCAUAGUGACAGACUAAUGCUAGUCCAUUUUCUUCGAGGUGCGAAAGAAUUGAAGCUCAAACACAGCACAGCUGCAUACUUGACCUCGGUGCCUCAGAGGCGUACGGCGUUUCAGAUGGCCAGUCCGCUCUUCUGCUCACUUUGCCCUGGGCCUUGGCCAUCCACCGUUCCACAGGACUUACACAAAUAUGUCGUGAACUUGAAUAUACCCAGUCAUGAGGUUAGCCGCACUGCGUGUUUGAUACACAUCACAAGCGCAUUGUGGGAUUUCCAGUAUGAACCCGACAAAACCCGUCUAUUCCUUGCUCACCUCAAUGAGCUUGUCGCGCAGUAUAAGCUCGAUAGAAACCCCGCAUGUGAAACAUUCGUAUGGCUCCUUCUUGAGGAACGAUGUAGCCCGAGGUUACGAGACUCAGAACGGGCGUGGCGGAUGGGAGAGCUUCUGAAGAUGAUCAAAAAACUACCACCUGAUUUACGAGUUGAGUACGGCAAUAUUCUUUUCAGCUUUCUCAUGCUCGAGAGUCCUGCUUUAGAAGUAGGGGAGUUUGAAAGAAGACUACUCGCUCUCUGAAUGCUGAGAUUUUUCACUCCAACUUGUUUCUUAGGUCUUCUGUAACGCUGGGGCAGAGAUGGACUGUUGGUAUACCGGUGUUAACUGCUGGGCUUGUUUGGGUACAUUUCGGAGAGCACAUUUCGGAGAGCACAUUUCUCAGGAUCGAUACAUUAACUAUGUUUACUAAGUAGCACACACUGUCCUGCCAUUGAUGGCCUCGCCCCAGUGCAGCUUUACCCAACCUCAAGGAUUGAUUGAAUACUGUGCAGGGAUAUAGGUAUUUAGAAGGAUCGCCUAUGACGUAGUGCUGGAGUCAAAAUUUGCGUUGCCCGUCAGACCGAUAGAGUGGGAGAACA